AUGAAUAAAGGCAAUGCUUUUUAUAAUUUAGAAAGAUAUCUAGAAGCAAGCGAAUGCUAUACUUAUUUACCAAGAAUAGCCCAUAAGGAGCAUUUUUUGGUUGGCCGGCUAAUAGCUGGCUUGCCAAAUUCAUUGGCAUGCCAUAUUUUCUGGCUAACUAAAUUUCAGAAUGGCGAACCAAAAAAUGCUCCUUAGUGGGCUAUUCUUGGCAAACAGGUAUAUGACGAAGCAAUCAAACUCAAUCAAAAUGACGCGUUUUUAUACUAUGAUAAAGGCAAAGCUUUUUAUAAUUUAGGAAGAUAUCUAGAAUCAAUUGAAUGCUAUGACAAAGCAAUCAAACUCGAUCCAUACGAUGCUGAUUUUUACAAUGAGAAAGGCAACUGUUUUUAUAUCUUAGAAAAAUAUCUAGAAGCAAGUGAAUGCUUUGAUGAAGCAACCAAACUCAAUCCAAGCUCCUCUUAUUUUUACCAUAAUAAAGGUAGAACUUUUUAUCAUAUAAAAAAUUAUCUAAAAGCAAUUGAAUGUUAUGACGAAGCAAUCAAAAUCAAUCCAAAUGACGCUUAUUUUUAUUAUUAUAAAGGCAGAGGGCUUUGUGAUUUAAAAAAAUAUCUAGAAGCAAUAGAAUGCUAUGACGAAGCAAUCAAACUCGACCCAAACAAUAUGUAUUUUUACUAUUAUAAAGGGAAUGCUUUAAAUGAACUUGGAAGAUACUCAGAAGCAGUAGAAAUCUAUAGUCAAGUAAUCAAAAUGAAUCCAAAUGAUGCCGAUUUAUAUAAUUGUAUAGGCAAUACUCUUUAUAUUUUAGGGAGAUAUCAAGAAGCAAUAGAAUACUAUGAUGAGGCAAUUAUUACACUUGUACCCAAUAAUCCUUUGUAUUUCUGCAGCCGAGCAAGGGUAUUUAAUAAACUCAGACAAGAAGAAGCAGCAUUGCAGGAUUUUAAUAGGGCUUAUAAUUUGAUGCAAGAAAACCAAGAAAAUGGUGUUUUCACUGGGGAUGAAUGAAAUCUUUCUGAAAAAGAUAUCAAUUUUAUUAACGACGUAUUAAGCCGAGACCGUAUAGAGCUACUCCAAAAAAUGCAGAUUUAG